AUGCUCAGGACGCAAAUCCCCGUUUACAGAGGCCUUCGGUGCCUUUCAGAGACUUCCAAGUCGGGCUCUGGCCCUACCAGUCCAGUACCUGAGCCGGGAACUGUCCCUGCUCCGCUUACCUCUGCAGAACAGAACUACCUCAAACACAACCGCAGCCCGGCACCCGCCUCGCUCGACCCGAAGAAACACAACCCGUUGCGGUAUCUUGCCCACGUCAAGCCCAAGCCGGUUCCUAAGGAUAUUAACUACUAUAACCACAAGAUGUUGCUCAAGAUCGGGGAUCUUGUGGGGCGCCACGGUACCGGCGAUAAUCGGCGGUCCAACAUCGUGUUCCUUUCGGUGCUAGCUGUGGUGGGUAUCGAUGGGUACAUGUUAUGGAACUGGUGGUACGGUGAGGAGCUACAAAAUGUGUCCGAGGCGUAUGCUGAGGAGGUUAUUUCGAGAACCGAGCGAAGUCGAACAAACUGAACGGGGCGUGUGAGUGAAGCGAGCAAAGCAAGUGGGUGAAAUGAAUGGAUCAACGUGUGGUUAUGUAUUGGUGGUUUACGAAGCUCCACUGCCCAGGUCAUUCUGAAGGGUAUAAGUGGAGUAGCCGAGAUGAACGGACAGACUAUCGGAUAUAGUCGAUAUAUUGGCUUUAUGAAUGUUUCUUUUGUAUAUAGCUCUGAAAUAGCAGUUAGUGCAAUAUUUAUGGAAAAUUAAAACGG